AUGCCUUCUCUCUUCAAGACCCUCGCUGUCGCAUUUGCCGCUACCGCUGCAGUCGUCGCAUUGCCCGCGGAUGUUGACGAUUUCGUCCCCGGCCCAGGUCUCCCCUCCCUCGAGGAACUUGGUAUGACCAAGGAAGACCUCUAUAAGCCCAUCCCUGAGGAAGUCCUGAAGUCUAUCCAAGCUGAAUACGGCGGCUUGACCAAGCGCUACACCCCCACCUGUGGUAGCACUAACCGGGCAUCCCAUGCCGACGCCGUUGCAUGCUACAACUAUUUGAACGGUCUCGGCACCACUUCCUGCGUUGUUCCCAACAACGCCGGUGGUGCUGGUAACAUCAACUUCUGCAAGAUUGGCUCCGCCUACUGGACUGGAUCCUGUCUCGCUGGAACUUGCCCCGGAUCCUCGUACUGCCGCGACGUUGCCCGAGGUGGCCUCUGGGUUCUCAACAACUGCAAUGUCGGUGGCCAAGUUCGCGGUUCCAACGCCGCCUGGGGCAACGGCAAUCUCAUCGUUGGCAUUCAAAACUACGGUGCUUGA